AUGCCACUAAGCAAGACCACCGGUCGGACUUGUAAGUCGGUUGCUCAACUGAUAAAAAUCGCCGACCAGUUUGUCCAACAAGAUGCUGGGAAAAACCAGGACAUGGAAAUGCUUCUGCAAGAAUGCAUCGACACCUUAGUCAACUAUCAAGAAGAGUGCAAAAAGCUGCGAAAAUGGGGCUCACAGCAUUUGCCGCAAAAUACAGAAGUUUUCGAGGCAUAUGAAGCGGCCUACGUCUACUACAAAAUCGUAUCACAGCUUGUGUUAAACAAGAUCCCGGAACUACCCGAGUUCGUUCACGCCAAAAACAAGGCCGAAACGGAGCGUGAGAAGGGUCUGAUCGAGCUCUACAACAUGCUGGUGAAAACAUUGCUCACAGACGAAAAAUUCGCCGAGAUUCGCAAAUUCAUCAAAGACCACUCGCUGCCAGAAACGACGGGCGCCAAGAAAUCUGGUACUCGAGACCAGAGCAAGCUACCUCCAACCUCGACGUGGACCAAUGGCCAAAGUGUGACUGCCUGGGGUCUCGCUACACUGCUUCAAACGCACAAAGUGCUCAUUAUAGACCUCAGACCCCGCAUAAAAUUCAUCGAGUCCCAUAUCAAGUCCGAUACCAUCAUGUGCAUAGAACCCAUCUCUUUCAAAGACACUUACUCGGACAUCGAGCUUAGUAGAAGGUCUCUGAUAACCUCACCCAGCCAAGAGGUCAAUUUGUUCAAGCAACGGGACACUUUUGAUUACAUUGUUGUAUGCACGGAUGAGAAUGACAAAACACAAUUCUCCCAGCAAAAACAGGCUAGUCUGGUGGAACUACUCGUGGAAAGAUCGUUCGAAAAGCCUUUGGGCGACACCAAGGUUCUUGCGUUGGAAGGUGGACUUCGAGCGUGGGUGGAAAGUGAAGGGCUGUGCGAAACCUCUUGCAACAUCGAAGAUCACGAAUACGCUAUGGAAUAUUCCAUUCCUCCUCUCAAGCCACAAAAGCCUCAACUAAUGAAACCCGCACCUUCUUCUUCGAGUUAUGCCCCAAAUUUCGACGAUAAUGGCUUGGCGACUCCCAACGUCCAACUUAACUCAUCCCUGCUAUUCCCCGACCAAAGAUCCUCGGUACUGAAGCGAAGCUCUAGCUUCAAAGAUAGAAUGACCAGCUUGUCGCCCAUUUCCAGGACCAACAGUCCUUCUCUGCAGCCAAAUUCGAUCACGCCCAGAGACUCAACCACAUAUCCGGAAACGCCACAACUAGUGCCCUCUGCAACGCAAACGAAACUAUUGUCACAGUUGAAGCCUUUUGAAACGAGAUCUUUCACCCCCCUAUCUAGAAGUCUGUCACCACCUCGUCUCAAUGGUAGUUUCGCCGAGAUUGAUUUGAAAAAUGGAGUUACAAGAUCCAAAGCCCUCAAAAUAGGCAAUGGACACGGUCCAGGUAAUUCAGAAGAACAUGUGGUCCAUGCCCCAUCGACUAAACAGGUAUCAAGAUUUUGUGUUGGUCUGGUGAACUUGGGAAACUCAUGCUACAUGAAUUGCAUCAUCCAGUGCCUUUUGGGCACGUACGAACUUUGCCAGAUAUUUCUAGAUGAAUCGUACAAGAACCACAUCAACCUAAAUAGUAGGCUUGGUUCAAAGGGAGUGUUGGCCAAGUAUUUUUCCCAACUGAUCCACCUCAUGCGUCAAAAAGCACUCUCAGCCUCAGCUACUGGGAAGAAAAUGCUUGUUAAUGGAGAUGAAAAGAACGCCGUUCAGCCCAUUCAUUUCAAAGUCGCCAGCGGAUCAAUUAAUCCUCUGUUCAAAGGAUCGUCUCAACAAGACUGCCAAGAAUUUUGUCAGUUUUUGCUGGAUGGAUUGCAUGAGGAUUUAAACCAGUGCGGAGGCAACCCAGCCUUGAAGGAGCUGUCAGAAGAAGCGGAGAAAAUCAGAGAGAAGCUCUGCCUGAGAAUUGCAAGCUCAAUUGAAUGGGAGCGAUAUUUGACAACGGACUUCAGCGUAAUUGUAGACUUAUUUCAAGGUCAGUACGCCUCGCAGCUUAAGUGCAAGGUUUGUGGUCGCACAUCCACCACAUACCAACCAUUCUCGGUUCUGUCCGUCCCGGUUCCUCGCGGGUCGCGUUGUGAUAUUAUCGAUUGCUUUAAAGAGUUCACCAAGAUUGAAACGCUGGAAAAAGACGAGCAAUGGUUCUGCCCUCAGUGCAAAAUCAAGCAGCCAUCUACGAAGAAAAUAACGAUUACGAGAUUGCCCCGAAACUUGAUUAUUCAUUUGAAGAGGUUCGAUAAUCUUCUUCACAAGAAUAACAUUUUUAUCUCGUAUCCUCAUACGUUGGACCUAACACAGUUUUGGGCCGACGACUUUGACGGGAAGCUCCCACCCGGUGUGUCGGAGCUGCCGACUCGAGGUCAGACCCCUCCAUUCAAUUACAACCUGUACGCGGUUGCCUGUCACUUUGGCUCGCUUUACGGAGGACAUUAUACGUCAUACGUUAACAAAGGAUCCCCCAAUGGGUGGUGCUACUUCGACGAUACUAGCUGGAGAAGGGCCAAAAGUGAUCUCGAGUGUAUCACGACAAGCGCCUACGUUUUGUUCUACCAUCGCACCCCAACGUCCUCGCUGUAG